AUGUUUGAUCGUUUCACAAGUUUGUCAAGCCUGAUAAUCUUCUUGGGUAGUUUGGAAGCGUGCGGCAGAAGUCCAGCAUCUGGUAAGAUCUAUGAUUUUACGGUCACUGAUAUUGACGGUAAUGAAGUUCAAAUGAGAAAGUACCUAAAUGAAGUUUGCAUAAUCGAACCCGGGACUGAUCAAGAAAUAAAACAGCGUGUGUUAGCGAAGUAUAAUGUGACAUUCGAUUUGUUCCACAAAAUUGAUGUCAAUGGUGAAAAUGCUAUUCCGUUGUACAAGUUUCUGAAACAGUCAAUAUCGUCUUGGUUUUCAAGAGAAAUUGAAUGGAAUUUCGUGAAAUUUCUAGUUGACAGAAAUGGUACUCCUGUAUCUCGUUACAGUUCGAUAACUCCACCUAACGUUAUAUUAUUGUAUAUGUAAGUAGUUUAACAAACAAAAGUAAGUGCAUAAAUACUUCACUGUUUGUCAAAUGUACCUCGCGGUCAGAUCUCAGAUCAGACAUGAUUAACCAUUUAGUUCGUAUCAAAAUGACCAAGUUAAAUACUGUGCAAACUAAGUACUAUUUGAUUACAAGUACUGUGGUAUUACCAUUUUAUUUGAAUGAUUGUUUAGAAAGUCGCAAAUUGUCGAGAUGAUUAAAAUCAAAUAUUCACUUUACAGUAUUUAGAAACUGUACCUAUUUCCCUGCAUAUUCGUAAACGCAAAAUUAAAUCACUUUUGUCUAAGUUUCGUGGUUCCAAUAGGGUUUCAAUAAGGUACUACUUUCUCCGAUUCGCUAGUCUUCCUUACACUAGUCUCCACUGUUUUGAUUUACUUACCAACAUUGCUAACAGCAUUUAUACACAUACAUAAAAAUUUCUCAGUAGCAUAAAAUCAAAAAUUGUUCUAAGAUAAAUGUUUCAGAGAAUAUUUACACGAACGGUCCUGAUAGGAUUGAAUAUUUUCGUCAACUUUUCGGCAAUAUUAUUUGUGGGGGUGACCAAUACAUGGAUGGAUGUCAAUGAACGUAAAUGGAUUUCAGUUUUGUAGAUUUUAGCUAAUCGAUAUAAUAAUCAAUGGGAAUACGUAGAACCCGUAAGUUAUAAUGGAAUAAAUUCUCCCUUAUUAGUGACGUUCAUUUUAAGCUAUUUCAAAAGAUUUAAGUUUACUCUUCCUUCUCAUUGAUCUAUUCCAUCAGAGUUCACAUCAGUCAUAGAUUUACUAUUAUCGGUGGCAAUAAAAAGCAUUUUAUUUUUGUAAUCAAAUCGCAUCUAAUACCUUGUCAAACUUAAGUGAGAUAAUAUCGGAGUUAGUACGUGAUUCUUUUAAUGAUACAAAACUUUAUUUAAUUAUAUUUUUUAUCAUAGUUUGACAAAUCAAAUUGUUUUUCUCAUUAUGCGCUCUAAAGUGACUACAUCAGUGAAAGUGAACA